AUGGUAUUAGUAGAUCAUAAAAAGCAGGCAUUGAAACAACCUUCCCUCAGCACGAGCAGCAAGACCCCUUCGAAUAAACAAACUGCGGCUUCGAACAAGACCAAAACAGUCGCCCAAGCCGACGCAGAGCUUCGAGAACGCUUAGAACGAAUGUCAGGCGACGGAGGAGCUGCAGGAAUCGAAUACGAAGACGGUAAACCCAGCGCUAUGAAGCGUGGAGUGCGCAACAAUAUGUUCCGAUUGAUAUGA